AAAAUACUAUUGACUGUCAAAUGUAUUGAUUGUUGUAUUACUUAAUAAUAAUAAUAAUUCAAAACAAAAAAUAUUUAUUUAUUACAGCAAUUGUAAUGACAUUUUCAUUGAUGGCCAGUAAUUAUUAUUAUUAUUACCCGACGGCGGAGGCACUGAGCCAGUGAUUGACCAUUUAAUCUGCAGAAACAAGAUGUCCAUUUCAUCCAUCAAAAGACCUCUGACUGAGAAAGACUUGUUAGACGACCGAAAUGUUGAACAAUUGAAAUCAGACGAGAAGAUUGAUAUACAUUUUAAUCCAAACAAAAACUUGUCAAUUGAUGACCAAAGAAGAGCACUUCCAGUCUAUAAAUAUCGACAACACAUCGAGUAUUUACUGGAGAAAUACCAGACAGUAGUGAUUGUCGGUGAGACCGGUUGCGGCAAAUCGACACAAUUGCCGCAAAUUAUAGCCAAAAUAUGCUCGAAUUGGACAACACAUAGUAAAGCCGUCGGCGAUGGACAACAGCAUCAGCAAAAGCAACUGAUGGUCGGCGUUACCGAACCGCGUCGUGUGGCAGCCGUAUCGUUGGCCACCCGAGUGGCCGAAGAAAUGAACACCGAAUUGGGCCACAAAGUUGGCUACAGUAUUGGGUUCGAGAACUGCGCCGAUAAGUCGGCGACACGAAUCAAAUUCAUGACCGAAGCCAUACUGGUUAACGAACUGAUGUCCGAUCCGUUGUUGUCCACAUACGGUGCCAUCAUUGUUGACGAAGCGCACGAACGGACACUGAAUACCGACAUAUUGUUGGCAUUGUUGAAGAAGAUUGUACGCAAACGACCGGAUUUGAGGGUAAUUGUAUCGUCGGCUACCAUCGAAGCUGAGGUUAUGCGCGAUUUUUUCAAUACAAACAAAUCAACAGUGGAUCCAUCGAAAGAUACGUCGGCCAUACUAUGUCUGGACGGUCGGUGUCAUCCGGUAGACAUCUUCUACAGUGAACAGCCGGUUGCCGAUUAUGUUAAGGUUUCCGCUCAGACUGUUAUCAAAAUACACGAAACUUCGUCGUUCGGCGAUAUACUGGUAUUCUUGACCGGUAUGGACGAAGUGGAAACCUGUACGGAAAUAUUGAAAGACUAUUCACGGGGAUUACGGGACAAAAAAGAUACAAAAUUCAAGAAACUAUAUGUACUGCCAAUGUAUGCAUCGUUGCCGCGAUCGGAUCAGAUGCGCGUUUUCGAAAUGUUUCCGAAAAGUGUACGCAAAGUUAUAGUGGCGACCAAUAUUGCCGAAACAUCGAUUACCAUAUCGGGUAUCAGGUUUGUCAUCGAUUCGGGUUUUGUUAAACUUCGUGUCUAUAAUCCGCAUACGUGUACCGAUUCGUUGAUGAUUGUACCCACUAGUCAGGCAUCGGCUCAACAGCGAGCCGGACGUGCGGGUCGCGAACGAGCCGGUAAUGCCUAUCGACUGUACACCGAACAAGCGUUUACCGAGUCGUUGGCCACCUAUACGGUACCCGAAAUACAGCGUUCGUGUCUGGCGCUGACCAUUCUCCAGCUGAAGGCAUUGGGUAUCAAUAAUUUGGCCAAAUUUGAGUUCAUAUCGUCGCCACCCGAACGACACGUUGUGGCCGCACUCGAUCUGUUGUACGCUUUGGGAGCUCUCAACGAUUCGGGCGGUCUAACCGAUCCACUCGGUCUACGUAUGGCCGAGUUUCCGCUGCAUCCGAUGUUUACGAAAAUGUUGUUCGCUUCGCAACAGUUCGGCUGCAGUGAAGAAGCGCUGACCAUAUGUGCCGUACUGCAGGUCCAGUCAGUGUUUCAACAGCCGCCGGGCGGCCAGCGAGCUAUUCAGGCCCGUCGGUCGAAACAUCAGUUGAGUGUCGAAGAGGGCGAUCUGAUAACGUAUCUCAAUGUCUACAAUCAGUUCCUCAAAGCCGAUAAAGUCAAGUCAUGGGCCGAUCGACAUUUUCUCAACUAUCGGGUACUGUUGCGUGCAGUGGAAGUACGCCAUCGAUUGGCAUCACUGAUGAACCGAUUUCGGAUACGAUUGAAAUCAUCGUCGGAUGUUGACAGUGUCCGCAGGGCUAUUGUUUGCGGUUUUUUUGCCAACUCAGCGUACUAUCACCCGACAGGUGUCUACCGAACCAUACGCGGCGAUCAUGAAUUGCAUUUACAUCCGACAUCAGUAUUGUAUACAAUGUCGAGACCACCGAAACACGUAGUAUUUCACGAAGUAUUGCAUACAUCCCAGCAGUUUAUGCGCGACGUAACGCCCAUUCAACCGAAUUGGUUGACCGAAUUGGCGCCGCAUUACUACCAGUGCGGUACUGAUCGCGAGAUUCAGGAAAGUCGACUACUACUGGGCGGUGGAGGUGUAGACUAAUAUGA